ACUCUUCCGCCUGCUCGUCCGUUCUCCGCCGCUUUACGCUACUCUUCCGCCUUGCGCUCAAGACGUCUCUCGACCUCUUCCUUCUCCUUCUCUCCGAGAGUGCGCGGCUCGCGCUCGCUCUCUGAAAACGGAUGCAAUCUGGCGUCCAUUGACGAGCCCAUCAACGAGGCAUCCUCGUCCUUGAAUCCGCUCUCUGCAACUCCUCUGCACGGAAAGAAUCACCGCUCCCUCCUCGUCCGCGCCCAGCCACCGCUCCCUUUUCCUUCACCACCAAUCACUGCUCCCUUUUUCUUCAUCAUCAAUCAUCGCUCCCUCCUCCUUCGGGACCCUCCGCCGCCUCCUUCCCCUCCCGUUCUGCUUCAUCUGAGUUAGAAGUGAGCGCCUUCACCGCCAGGCAGUGAGCUGUACAGACUGAUCGACAGUACGAGGCUUGGCGCACAUGAUUGCACGUGCCCGCAUCCACCACUGCCUCACAUCUUCGCCCUCACUUCUUCGUCCUCACGUCUUCGCCCUCAAUUCUUACACUCCCUUACUCUUCAAACACCCCCCAUCACUGCUUCAACCAUACCUAUCUCCGGCAUCAGCUCGCUCACACUCACCCACCGGCGUCGGAUCUUUGGGUAGACUACGAACUUCACAGCGAAGUUCCUACCAUCUACCAUCAUGGCCGACCCGGAGCCCAUGCCGACGCAGCAAGAACUUGACAAAGCCGUUCUCAUCUGGGGCGACUGGUUCUCGAUCGGAUACAUGCAGGUGGGGAACGAACGCAAGCGCGUGUGGAUCAAGAUCAACUUCAAGGUCAACAGCAAGACAAACACCCGCUACCAGCAAUUCGUAUGUCGCCUUGAAUCUGGUCCCGCUUCGAUCGAAGUUUUGGAGCUGCUUCCACAUUUGGAGGCAAAAUGGGACGGUGAAGCGGCAUACAUGCUAGAUCCCUGCUGGAAGGAGUCGGAGCGCCGCGAGAGGAACCAUGCGGUCGACGUGAUCAUCAAGUCCACCAUCAUACGGAACCGGGAAUUCGUCGCCUAUCAAAAGAACGCAGAAAGAAUUCAUUCCCCAGCUUGAGCGAUGGGGCACUUGGGUUCCGGGGACCGUG